CAUACACUUGUAAAAAAACCUUCUCUCCAUGUUUAGCUGAAACCCAUCAAGCUUCUUUGCAUUUAUAUUUCUUUGACAUGGGUGUUUUUGGUCACAAAAAACUUAUAAAUCUUCAUUUUAUAUUAUACUUGUUUCUUCUUAACUGUCUACUUGUUUUCACACAAAUAAAUAACAGUAGGAUCAAUCAAGGCCAAGUAAUCCGAGACGGCGACACACUUGUUUCACCUCAACAAGUAUUCGAGCUCGGGUUCUUUAGUCCUGCAGGGAACCCGAAUGCUAGAUAUGUUGGGAUUUGGUAUUAUGGUCAUGAAAACAGAACUGUGGCAUGGAUAGCUAAUAGAGACAAUCCUGUUUUUAGUAAUUCGAGUGAAUUCGGUAUUGGUAUUAAUGGAAGUUUGGUUAUUUCGGAUAGAAAUGGGUUAGUUUAUUGGACAAGUAAUAGUUCUUCUGUUGCAAGUAAUCAGAGUUUAACUGUUAGGCUUAUGGAUACUGGAAAUCUUGUUCUUUCAACUGUUGACAAUAUUGAUGAUGAGUUAAAUGCUAUUUGGAGAAGUUGUGAUCAUCCAACAGAUACUUAUUUACCAAAUUUGAGAAUAUAUUUGAAUAUUACAGAUGGAAUUCGUCGUCCUUUUGUGUCAUGGAGGACGGCUAAUGACCCGUCUAGAGGGAAUUAUUCUAUGGGGGUUGAUCCUCAAGGUUCACCUCAAAUUGUGCUAUGGGAUGAGACAGUAAACCGAAGCAUAUGGAGAUCGGGCCAAUGGAAUAAUCAGAUAUUCAUUGGAAUUCCGCAGAUGAGAUCUUUGUUUGGUUUUGGAUUCGAUUUGGUUACUGUAGGUACUAGUGGACUUAUGUAUUUCAUUUUCACCAAUCAAAACACAUCAGUUUUGAUGAGAUUUAUGGUCCAAUGGGACGGUGCUGUACAACAACUAAUAUGGAAUGCUCAAACAUCGCAAUGGAAUGUGGCGUUUUCUCUUCCUAGUAUUGGUUGUGAUGAAUAUAGCAAAUGUGGCAAUAAUGGGAUUUGUAGAAUGAGUAAUUCUCGAGCUACUUGUAGUUGUAUGGAAGGAUUUGAUCCGAGUUCUAGAGAAGAGUGGGAUAGAGGAAAUUGGUCUGGCGGGUGUGUUAGAAGGACUCAAUUGAUAUGUAAUUCUAGUGGUGCCACUAGUGAUGGAUUUAGGCAACUAACAGGUGUUAAACUGCCGGAUUUUGCUGACCGUUUGGAUGGAGGAAGAAAUGAUUGUGAAGAUGGAUGCUUAAGAAAUUGUUCUUGUCAUGCGUAUACUUUCCUUAUUGGGGCCGGGUGCUUGAGUUGGGGUGGUAAUUUGGUUGACAUCGAAGAAUUCCAAGAAGGGGGUGAAACACUUUUUAUUCGUCUGGCAAAUUCAGAUUUAGGAAGUACAAGUAAAUCAUCUAAGGGUGUAGUUAUUGCAGUAUCGGUAACCUGUGCGGUUGUUCUUCUUGUUCUUGCAUUGUUGCUGUGGAGGUUCCGGGCAAAACUUAAAGACUGUCGUGGAAAACCAAAGAAUCCACCAUCAGUUUUUGAGGUGUCAUAUGGCCAAGAUAGUCAGGUGGAAACGUCACAGCAACUUGAGCAUGACGGGAAAGAUUGUGAGGGAGCACCGGUGCCUUUGUUCAGUUCAAGUGUAUUAGAAGUUGCCACAGAGGGUUUUGCAAACAAGAACAAGCUUGGGCAAGGCGGUUUUGGUCCUGUUCAUAAGGGAAUUUUGCCCAGUGGGCAACAGAUUGCUGUAAAACGGUUGUCAAAAUCAUCGGGGCAAGGAUUAGGGGAAUUCCAGAACGAGAUGAUUCUUAUUGCAAAAUUGCAGCACAGAAAUCUGGUUAGAUUACUGGGUUAUUGCACUGAAGGGGAAGAAAGAAUGCUUGUUUAUGAAUAUAUGCCUAAUAAAAGCCUUGAUACGUUUCUUUUUGACCCGACAAAGAAAGGAGAAUUAGAUUGGAAAACACGAUUCAAUAUCAUAGAAGGGAUUGCAAGAGGUUUGCUUUAUCUUCAUCGGGAUUCUAGGCUAAGAAUUAUUCAUCGUGAUUUGAAAGUUAGCAAUAUUUUGCUUGAUGAAGACAUGAACCCUAAGAUUUCCGAUUUUGGAAUGGCUAGAAUCUUUGGAGGAAACCAAAACGAAGCGAAUACAAAUCGAGUUGUGGGAACUUAUGGUUAUAUGUCCCCUGAGUAUGCAAUGGAAGGUCUGUUUUCAGUGAAGUCCGAUGUAUAUAGCUUUGGCGUUUUGCUUCUAGAAAUCAUUAGCGGCCAGAGAAAUAAUAGUUUCCGGUCUUCUGAUUCCACGAAUUUAAUUCGACAUGCAUGGAAGCUAUGGAAGGAGGGGAAUCCUGAUCAAUUGAUUGACCCAACAAUUUUAGAUUCGUGUAACAGAAAUGAAGCACUCCAAUGCAUCCAUGUAGCAAUGUUAUGUGUACAAUCAUCUGCAGUUCAAAGACCAACUAUGUCAUCAGUGGUUUUCAUGUUAGAGGGCGAAAAUACAAGCCUUCCUCAACCCAGUGAAAACGAUUUCACAUCAUUGAGUUCAGUAGAAAUGGACUUGAUCAUGGAAGGUCGUGAAAUCAAUAUCUCAUCGAAUGAUGUUACAAUUACUGAAGUAUCGGGGAGAGAUGUUUACAAUAUAAUUUCAAUUUUGCGAAAAAUGACCAAUUUGUUGCUUGUUAUACUACUAUGUUUAUUCAUUUCUUUAAACUUACAAACAACUCUUUCGACUGACACCUUGAAACCGAAAGAAAAUUUUGUUGUUGGCUUCACCUUGAUUUCCCCAAACCAAAGAUUUGAGUUUGGUUUCUUUACUCCUGGUAAUGGUUCGUCAAAUGGUUUAUAUCUUGGAAUUUGGUAUCAUAAUCUGCCUCUCACGGUCGUUUGGGUGGCAAACAGAAACAACCCAAUUCGUGAUUCGUUUGGACAACUAGCUUUAAACGAAAAUGGAGUUUUAUAUCUUUACAACCGUUCAUUGGGUACUGUUUGGUUGACCGAUAAAGUACCCACUAAUGGUAGUUUCACACCUGUUCUGCAGUUACUAGAUUCGGGUAAUCUUGUAAUUAGAGAUGAUGGAGGGAACAGAACGGUCGUUUGGCAAAGUUUUGAUAUUCCUACUGAUACGCUUUUGCCAGACUGGAAGCUGGGUUGGAAUUUAGAUACUGGAUUGCAGAGGUUUCUUACGUCUUGGAAGAGCAGUGAAGAUCCUUCAGACGGUGAGUAUUCGUUUAACAUGGGACCACCAGAAGCACCGCAGUUGGUUCUACAAAGUGGUUCAAAAAAGUUAUUUAGAUGGGGCCCGUAUGAUGGGAGCUCGUUUAGCGGUAUCACUGCUUUGACAGCAAAUCCAUUGUUCCAGACUACGGUUAUCUUCACAUCCGGCGAGUUUUACUUUAAAUAUGAUAUAUUGGAUGAGUCUAUUUUGUCUAGAUUUGUGAUUUCACCUUCAGGUUUAUUUCAGUAUUAUACUUGGAGAGUUGGCAGCAGUAAAGAAUGGAACCUGCUAGUAACAUUCAACAGUGAUCCGUGCGAUAACUAUGCCAAAUGUGGGCGUUAUGGGAUCUGCUAUUCAUUAAGUAUUUGCAAAUGUAUGAGUGGGUUUAUACCCGAGUCCCCUCGUGAUUGGGGUCUAUUUAGUUAUUCUGGUGGUUGUAAAAGAAAAGCAGAACUGAACUGUGGUCAUGGAGAUGGAUUUGUGAAAUUCGAUGCGUUGAAGUUUCCUGAUAAUCCAAUUGUUUGGGAACAUUACACAAAUCAUGAAUGUGAAGAGAAAUGUUUGAAAAAUUGUAGCUGUAUGGCUUAUGCUAAUGUUAAUAUUUAUGGGAAUGGAACUCGAUGCGUUGUCUGGAUGGGUGAUUUAUUUGAUAUGAAGAAUUUUCCUAGUGGUGCAGCACCAAUCUAUAUACGAAUGGCACACGAUGAAUUAAAAUCUAUUUCUCGUGCUAAGAGGAAACGAAAAACAGUUAAGAUAGUAACUGUUGUACUAGUUACCGGAAUACUACUUCUAUGUGCUGGUGCUGCUUGGUAUGCCAUGUGGGUGAUCCGGAAUAGAAGGAAAGACCAUAUUCGUCAUAGCUCUAAAGCCCAAUUAAGUGGGAGUCUUCCAUAUGUAGAAGAUAAUCAAGAUUCAGGAUUUCAGUUGCCUCUUUAUGAUUUUGAUACUGUUUCUCUUGCCUGUAACAACUUUUCUGAAAGAAACAAAAUCGGACAAGGAGGCUUUGGUUCAGUGUAUAAGGGUGAACUAGCUAAUGGACAAGCGAUAGCAGUUAAGAGGCUAGUAGAGAAGUCGACACAAGGUGUUGAAGAACUGAAGAAUGAGAUUCUUUUGAUUGCAAAGUUGCAACAUCGUAACCUUGUCAAGCUGUUAGGUUGCUGCAUUGAAAGGGAUGAAACAAUGCUAGUGUACGAGUAUUUGCCUAAUAAAAGCUUAAACAAUUUUAUAUAUGAUAAACCUGCAAGAAAACAACUGACAUGGAAAAAGCGCUACCACAUCAUUAAGGGUAUUGCACGAGGUUUACUCUAUCUUCAUCAGGACUCGAGGUUGAGAAUCAUUCACAGAGAUCUCAAAACCAGUAACAUAUUACUAGAUAGCGAGUUGAACCCAAAAAUUUCAGACUUUGGCAUCGCUCGCAUAUUUGGUACCGGACAAAUACAAGAUAUGACCAAAAGAAUAAUAGGGACAUACGGCUAUAUGUCUCCAGAAUAUGCAAUGAAUGGUCACUAUUCAGUGAAAUCAGAUGUGUACAGCUUCGGUGUUAUAGUUUUGGAAAUUAUAAGCAGUCAGAAGAAUUGGGCAUUUCAUCAUCCUGAUCAUGACCUUAACCUUUUAGGACACACAUGGAUGCUUUGGAACCGAAAUGAGCCAUUAGAGAUACUAGACCCAACCAUACAUGAGACGUCACUUGAAGAACAAAUUAUAAGAUGCAUCCAUGUUGCACUUUUAUGUGUUCAACAAUAUCCAGAAGAUCGACCAAAAAUGUCAACAGUAUAUGCCAUGUUAAGCUAUGAUAACAUGGAGCUACCGGAACCUAAAGAGCCAGGAUUUUGUCGGGAAAGUUAUCCAAAAAAGUUUGACACAGCCGCGAGCGAUGCAAGUACAGUUAAUGAAGUUACUAUGACUACUUUGGGUGGACGUUAAAGUUUAUUUUCUAUGUAAGCAUGAAUGUGUAGUCAUCUUAGAGUUCAUUUCUAACUUGUACCAUAUAGUUUCUAGGAUUUGAAGUUCAAUUAUAUUUUAUCAGAUUCUUUUGAUCUCCAUGUUUAUAAUAUGUGGCGAUUUACAGUA